AUGCCGAGCGCAUCAAGACGUCGCCGAGUAGACGAUAGCGACGAGGAGGCCGAAAACGUCGCACCUCCCUCGCAGCGAAGAUCCCAAGGCCGCUCCAAUUUCGAUGCCUCCUCCUCCUCCACCGCUGAACCGAGCACCUCCCGCGCUGCCGCCGCUGUCGACACGGAAGAGCUUCGUCCGCAACCUCUGGUCCGCGAACAUGUGCCCAACAUCCGCGGUCUCACUGCUGAGCUCAAGACGUCCGACACCAUGCUCAACAAGUGCAUCGAGCUGCUCAACGAGACGGCCGAGCAAGUGGCCGAAGCCUUCCGGGCGCAUGACGACUGUCGCGAGCUCGACCAAGCCGACGCCGAUCUCCGAGAGCUCAUUGACGCUCAAGCCGAAAAAGCCAUUCGACGCAAAGUGCUCGACGACAUCGCACAAGACCUCCAUACGGGCCAACAGCUCGACGACCCAGCAAAGCGAUACAAGGAAGAUGUCCAAUCGGCCUUGGAUGCGUACACCAAGCAGACCUCCCGAAAAAAGUACGCCAAGAACACGGACUACCAUAAUCUUAAAAACAUUGUCUGGGUGGCCAAGGAGGAAGGGGCCAUGCCACCAGUCAGCGAUUUGAUCCCUGCAGAACCGGGUGAUGAGGACAACAACGACAGCGACGAUGACAUCCAAACGGGUGGAGCGGUGAUAAACUUCAGAUGCCCUUUGACGGCGAACAUUCUGGAGGAUCCGUUGAGCAACUCGAAUUGCACGCAUUCCUAUUCGCGCAGUGCCAUCGAAGACUACGUCGCGAGGGGCAACAAUCGCUGUCCAGCUGCCUCAUGCAUGGCCGCCGUCGGCCCGCGGACACUCAAACAGGACCAGGCACUGGUCAAAAAGGUCGCAGCCUUCAAGAGACGAGAGGAGGAAAGGCUCAUUGCUCGUCGUCAAACCUCCACCGUCCUGUAUUAG